GGUUUCGUUGCACCUCCUUCCUCUAAUCAAGUGUCCCAAAAUUCAUUAAUGGCUUCAAUUGGACAAAUACUAGCAGCCAUCGGACAACCAAUAGCAGCCAUUGGACAAUGUUUAUGGGUCCCGCUCAGACGUCAAAUCAGCUACAUCAAAAAUCUUGAAAAAAAUUUUGAGAAGCUGGAAGGAAAAGCGAAAGAUCUCUAUAGCAAAAGGGAGGAUGUAAACAGAGAGGUAAACAGAGAUACCAUAUCAACAAUGCCAACAGAUGGAUGUCAAGAUUGGCUUGAGAAGGUGGGAGAGAUGGAAAAUAAAAUCAAUACCAUAGAAGCAGAGUUCCAAGAAAGUAAGCGUUGCAUUGGUGGAUUGUGCCCCGACAUUUGGUGGCGAAAGAAACUGGGUAAAAAAAUUGUGAAAAUGAUAGAUGAUGAGAUUGUUGAUCUCUUCAAGGACCACUCAAUGUUUUCAGGAAGAUAUGUGGUUGAGGUACCUCCACAGUCAGUUGAGCCAAUUCCUGCACUAGCUAUGGAAGGCAAUACAUCAAUUAAUCGUACUAUCCAGAAGAUAUUAAGAUGCAUAAGGGAUGAUGAUAAGCAUAAAAUUGGCAUAUGGGGUAUGGGUGGAGUUGGGAAGACAACUACAAUGAAGGUCCUAAACAAUUCUCCCGAAAUAACAGGUAUGUUCCAAAUGGUUAUUUGGGUAACUGUGUCCAAAGAUGGAGGAGGAGAUAUAAGAAAGGUACAAAAGGAUAUUCUAAAGCGUCUGUCAUUGCAGUUUGAUGAUGAUGAGUCUGUUGAAAGAACCGCAAGAAGAAUUUUUCAAAGAUUGAGAAAUAUGAAGUAUUUGCUGCUUCUAGAUGACUUGUGGGAAAGAAUGGAUUUGGAAAUUAUAGGAAUCCCCAACCCAAGCAGAGAAAAUGGAUGCAAAAUGAUAAUAACUACUCGGUCCAUGGUUGUCUGUAACAAAAUGGAGAUUGAUGAAGCAAUUAAAGUUGAAGUCUUAUCUGAAGAAGAGGCCUGGAACUUGUUUCGGAAAAAGGUUGGCAAUGUCGUGGAUUUAUCAGAGGAUAUAGGAGAAAUAGCUACACAGGUCGUUCGAAAAUGUCAAGGUUUGCCACUUGCCAUUAUUGUCAUAGGAGGGUCCUUGAGAAAUAAGAAUGACCCAAGGGAAUGGAGAAAUGCAUGGAAGGAAUUGAGCUCGAAUAAGUAUGAAAUUAUUGAUGAUAUGGAAGAAUCUGUGUUUAAGAUAUUGAAGUUCAGUUACGAUCGAAUAAAAAGCAGCAAUAUCAAGAAGUGUUUUCUAUACUGUGCUUUAUAUCCAGAGGACAAUGAGAUUCUAGAAAAAGAACUUGUCCAACGUUGGUUGGCAGAGGGUUUUAUUGAUGAUGAUGGUCGUUUUUUUCUAAGGUUGGAUGAGGCAUAUGAUAAAGGGCAUGCUAUAUUAAAUUACCUAAAAGAUGUUUCACUGUUGGAAGGAGUACUAGUAGACAUAGUUGAUGAUCAUUUUGGGAAGAAGCUAGCAGCAGUCAAGAUGCAUGAUGUGAUUAGAGAUUUGGCAUUAAUAAUCACAUCAUCAUCAUCAUUAAUGUCUGCCAAAUUAUUAAUGGUACCUGCUGCAGUAGAGGAGGAGGAUGGUAAUCAUGAUCAGUUCUUGGUUCGAACCAAUAUGGGAGGAGGAAUACAGGACGAGCUCUCAAUCUCAAAUGAGGAAAAUUUGGGACAGUUCCAAAGGAUCUCAUUGAUGGGUAAUAAUAAAUGUCGCAUUAUUAAUCUACCUGAGAACCCCAGAUCCCUCUCGCUUGUGACGUUAUUUUUGCAGCAUAAUAGAAGAAGCUUGACUAGAAUUCCAGAAUCAUUCUUCGAGCAUAUGCACAAGCUUCGAGUUUUGGACCUAUCAGACACUGAUAUCAGGGAGUUACCAUCUUCUGUUUCCAAUUUAGUAAGCCUUCGAGGAUUAUUUCUUCUCGAUUGUCUCUCUUUGGUUACUCUGCCAUCCCAAAUAGGGAAUCUUAAAAAACUUCAAGUGCUUCAUUUAGGAGGCAGGUAUGGCAUGUUUGAGUACUUGCCUAUUGAAAUUCAGCAGCUUACACUCUUUAGAAGUCUGCGAGUGUCAUUUUAUAGCAUACCAAGUGGGAAUCGACUGAUGGUUCCUAAUGGGAUUAUAUCAAGGCUCUCUCUGCUUGAAAACUUGAGCAUAUGUGUAGCGGAUCCAUCUCCAAAGUUUGGAGAAAGCAUUGCUGAAGAGGUGGGUACCUUAAAGCAACUAACUCAACUUGAGUUUAAGUUUACAACAUUGGAAAGUUUUGAGCAUUUUCUACGUGAAAGUUAUCCAUGGAAAAAUCAAAGCUUGAAGUCAUUUCAGUUAACUGUGCAUUGCAGAACUGAGUCUGGAUACAGUUUGUUUGAUUAUGAAGGAGAAGAAGAAGAAGCAUCAUCUAAUAACCGAUAUUUACAAGUGGUAGGAGGUAAUUACACACCCACUGCAAUUGCAGAGGUACUCCAUCGGGCCAAUGGUUUCCAUUUAGGAACAAAUCACACUUGUCAAGGGCUGUUGGAUUUUGGCUUGAAGAACUUAACUCAGCUGAAACGAUGUUAUGUUGAUCGAUGCAAGAUAAUGGAGAUCAUCAUCAAAAUCAAUGGAAAUCAUAAUGAUUUAACUACUACUACUUCAACAACAACAACAACAACAACACCAUGUGCAGUUUUACCAAACUUGGAAUACUUGGAUAUUAGAGAUAUGCCAACUACAAGAGCCAUUUGGGAAGGGCCAAUGCCACCAGGAAGCUUCAGCCGUUUAGCAACUUUGAAUAUCAUUUCUUGUCCAAACCUGAGAGAGGUUUUCACAAGGGGCAUACUACAACAACUUUCAAACCUUGAACAACUUUAUGUCUGUGACUGUGAUACCGUCCAAGUAAUAAUAGUGAAUGAAGAAGUAGAGGAAGCAGAAGAAGAAAAAGGUCAUGACAAUGAUGAUGAUGUUGCUCUUUUCCCAAAAUUGAAGACUCUCUAUCUUAGUGACCUACCCAGACUAGAAAGGAUUUGGAAAACAGUUUCUUUUCAUCCCAUGGCACCAUCCUUAGAAACGAUAACAGUUAUUCAAUGUCCAAAUCUGAAGAGUCUGCACCCUUUGAGUUUGGGUUUGAUUCAGCAGCAGCAAAAUGGAUCAUUAAUUUCUACUACUCUGAUAAGGAAGAUUGAGGGCUCAACCCGAUGGUGGGAAUCAUUGGAAUGGGAUCAUGAUGAGAUCAAACAACUACUCCCCCAACCUUUUUUUGUGCACCUACCGUUGCUGGAAGGUUGA